AAUUAUUCCCUACACAUUGGAUGCAACCGUUCUUGGGUGGAUUUAUUCCACAAUUUUGAGGGACCUUAUGCACACAAUUAUGGAACCUGAUUCGACGGCAAUGGAGGCUUGGGAUACACUCAAAAACAUAUUCCAAGACAAUCAAAAUUCCCGUGCCGUGACUCUUGAACAUGAAUUCUCUAACACUGAUAUGGAGGAUUUCCCUAACGUCUCGGUGUAUUGUCAACGACUCAAGAGUCUCUCCGGCCAAUUGAAAAAUGUUGUGGCACCGGUGGAUAACAACAGCCUUGUCCUUCAAUUGGUCUCCGGUUUAACCGAACCGUACAAUGGGGUUGCAACUUUGAUAAGGCAAAGCAAUCCUCUUCCUCAAUUUUACCAAGCCCGUUCCAUGCUCACAUUGGAGGAGGCAGGCUUGGUGAAGAAAGCUGCAACGACGUCGGCUUCUGCUAUGAUGGUGAGUGCUCCUCGUGAUGCUGCCAAUUCCGGGGGGGAUUCGGGUAUGUCUCGGGGCAAGAACAAAAAUCAGAAAAAAUCGGGUGGUCGCAAACAAUCCGGUGGCGGUGGUCGAGGUACCAGUACCGGCGGUAGUGGUGGCGGCCAGAGCUCCAGUGGACAGCAGCCCAGCCGCGGUGGUCCGCAACAACAGCAGCAGGCCUGGGCUGCCCCUCCACCAUGGCAGCAGGCGCAUCAACCGUACCAACCUUGGGGUUGGGCUCCUUAAGCUGCACCUCCUUGCCCAUUUCCCACCCAAGGCUGGGCUCGUCAGCAGGGCCCAAUAAGACAACUGCAGGGGGUUUUGGGCCCACGCCCACAACAAGCCUACAUGGCUUCUCCGCAACAGCAGUCCAUGCCAUAUUUCUAGACGGAUCUUGAAUCGGCGAUGCACACCAAGACGUUGAGCCAACCCGAUCCCUCGUGGUACAUGGACACCGAUGCAACCUCCCACAUGACAUCCUCCAAUGGUAAUAUCUCGUCUUAUUUUAAUUUGAGCAAUCAUCAUAAUGGUAUUGUUGUUGGUAGUGGUCAUACAAUUCCAAUUCAUGGUUGUGGUCAUACUACAUUGCCUUCCCCAAACCCACCUUUGUCCCUUACUA